CUUCUAUUACAUGUGAAUUCUUAAUAGUAUGUAUAUAAAAGCCAAGUAGGUUUUGAAGACAGCAGACAGUCUCGUGUUGAUUUCAGCGAUAAAAAUGGUUCUAGCACUAACAGUUUUCUCUGCCAUCUUGGCUUUAACAUCUGCAUCUGGUGUAGUAGCCCCAGCUCCAGUAGCCCUUGCUGCCGCCCCAGUAGUAGCCGCUGCGCCGGUCGUUGCCGCCAGACUUGCAGAUGACACCUUUGAUCCAAAUCCAUCAUACUCCUUCGCCUACGACGUUCAGGAUGCCCUAACUGGAGAUUCCAAAGGCCACAUCGAAAGCAGAGCCAAUGGAAUAGUCCAAGGACAAUACAACGUUGCCGAACCUGAUGGUACCAGAAGAAUUGUCGACUACACUGCUGAUGAUAUCAAUGGCUUCAAUGCUGUAGUCAGAAAAACACCCCAAGCUGUUGUUGCCGCCCCAGUAGUCGCUGCACCUGCUGCCCAAGUAAUCGCCGCCCGAGCUGCACCAGUUGUUGCUGCACGUGCUGCACCAGUUGUUGCUGCUCCAGCUGCUCAAGUAGUAGCUGCCCGCGCUGCGCCUUUAGUUGCUGCACGUGCUGCUCCUGUUGUAUCCGCUCCAGUACUGGCUGCUCGUAGUGCUCCACUACUUGCCCAACCUGCCCCUUACAUAGCUCAAGCUGCACCUUUAGUUGCUCAACCUGCCCCUUACAUAGCACAAGCAGCUCCUUUAGUAGCCCAAUCCGCUCCAUUGUUGGCAGCUAGGGCGUCUCCUUAUUUUGCUCCCUCCGCUCCUUUGUUAGCUGCUAGGUCGUACGGUUUAGCGUCUGCUCCGUUGACGUAUGCCGUUUUGUAAGGAGAAAUGUCUUAGCUUAGGUAAAUGCUGAAUCAGAAUACUGAUGCACCGACUUGCUCAAUUAGUAAUUGUUGUAAUUAAAUGAUAUUUGUACAUAAUUUUUUAUACCUUUGUAUACCAAUUUUGAAUAAAUUGAUAUAAUAAAAUA